CUCUCCCUUAAAUUUUGGUUGGAGGAAUGAUUCUGUAGUUGGUUCACUACUAGAGUAGGUUUUUUUCGCUGGGAACUGAUUGAACGGUGUUUUGUUGUGACACAACAAACUGAUUUAAAAGACCAAAGUACAAGUCUCCAAUCAACUAAAUCCCUGGAACUGUUACCGUAUUAGGUUUCUAGUCCGGCAAUUGAUAAGGAUGUCUAACGAUCGUGCUCUGUUAAAUCGGUUGGAGCAGAGAGCUACUGAGGCUGACCAAGUUAUUGAGUAUCUGAAACAACAGGUUGCCUUACUGAAAGAGAAAGCAAUCCUGCAGGCUUCCCAAAGAGAAGAAAAGAGACUUCGGGUUGAAAAUGCAAAGUUGAAGAAGGAAAUCGAGGAUUUAAAACAAAAUCUCAUUGAAGCAGAAAUCCGUAAUGGAGUCAAACGAGUUCCAGUUCCAACAGCAGCUUCAGUUCAGUCCUGUUCUGCAGCAUCAAUGUCUCCAACAACUGCACUGGAUACUCCACCUGCAACUGAACAGAUACCAGAAGUGAGUGAAAACAAGAAAAAAAAAGACAAACCGGAUAAGAAGCCAGACAAGAAAGGGGAGAAGAAACAGACAACAGGAGGUGGCGAUGAUUCCAAACCAGUUGACGUUUCUCGUUUAGACCUGCGUAUUGGACGUAUCAUCACUGCUAAAAAGCACCCUGAUGCUGAUUCACUCUAUGUAGAAGAGGUUGAUGUUGGAGAAGAAAAGCCAAGAACUGUUGUCAGUGGAUUGGUGAACCAUGUGCCCAUAGAGGAGAUGCAGAAUCGAUUGGCCAUCAUGCUAUGCAACCUUAAACCAGCUAAAAUGCGGGGAGUUGUCUCGCAGGCUAUGGUGAUGUGCGCGAGUUCACCAGAGAAAGUUGAAAUCUUAGACCCACCAAGUGAUGCUGUUCCUGGUGAUAGAGUAACCGUUGAGGGCUACCCUGGUGACCCUGACAAGGAGCUAAAUCCAAAGAGGAAAGUAUGGGAUCAAAUUCAGCCUAACCUCAGCACUAAUGAGGAGUGUGUUGCUACAUACAAAGGGACGCCAUUUGAAGUGAAAGGAAAGGGAGUUUGCAAGGCCCAGACAAUGGCCAAUAGUGGAAUCAAAUAACUUGUAUGUCUAUGCAGUGGCAAUAAAGGUGAAUAUUGCAAAAAAAAUCACAAUAAAUACUUGAAAGCA